AAAUAAUUCCUCUGCUUUUCUUUUCUAGUAAAUAAUUUACGAGGUCUUUUUUUAUAUAUUUGUUCUUUUUUUAGCACCAUGCGAUCUCUGUAGUUUUGAGAAUCAAUUCAUAUUGCAUCAAACUUAGAGCGUAAGAUAAUUAAAAGAAAAAAGAUAAUGUUAUAUUCGUAUCUACAUGUAGUUAAUAACUGACACAGUGGAAAAUUAACUUAACGGAAAAAUAUUAGUCGCGUGACGUGGAAAGGAUCGAUUUGUUGUAAACACAAAUAUAACUGUUCUAUAUUCUGACACUCAUGAUGUCAAUACGAUGUGAGAUGAUGAAAUCCGUUGCGAAAUGCAGGUUGCGCAAAACGUGAUGAGAAAACAUAGUUGUAGCAUCGAACAAACGUAAGAUAUGUCGAUUCUAUCAGUCCGUUGGGGGUCAAUAGUUUACAAGGGCAACGCAGAUAAUAACACGGAGAGGAAUUACGAAAGGAUUUACUCUCUAGGCAUUUUAAUGUGCAAUAUAUAUCCAACAAUUUAUAUCAAAUCUAUAUGUCGGCGUUGUGUUUUUCACACCAGAUUGCAAUGGAAAUAUUUCACGACCAAGACAGCGAACACUGUGCCGAAGCAAUGUCUCGUCUUUCCACGGAGGAAUCAAAAUGCACGAGACCGCGAAGCAAAGGUGAAACUAGAGGACAAAGGCCUACUGGUCUUACACACGAAUGCGGUGUUUUCGGUUGCAUCGCUGCGGGGGACUGGCCAUCACAAAUUGACGUUGCCCAAGUAGUUUGUUUAGGUUUAGUGGCGUUGCAACACAGGGGGCAAGAAAGCGCGGGAAUCGUAACCAGCGAGGGCGUCUGCUCGAAGUCAUUCCAUGUUCAUAAGGGUAUGGGAAUGAUCAAUAAUAUUUUCAACGAUGAGAAUAUGAGAAAGCUCAAAGGAAAUCUUGGAAUUGGUCAUACCAGAUACAGUACAAGUGCAGCCAGCGAAGAAGUCAACUGUCAGCCGUUUGUGGUGCACACCGCGCACGGGGCACUGGCAGUUGCGCAUAACGGAGAAUUAGUCAACACGGAGUCCCUUCGAAAAAUGGUAUUAGGCCGAGGCGUUGGCUUGUCGACGCACUCGGACUCGGAGCUCAUAACACAAGCGCUCUGCUUGAAUCCGCCGGAAGGUGAAGUCAACGGACCGGAUUGGCCUGCGCGUAUCAAGCACCUCAUGCAACUGGCGCCGUUGUCGUACUCCUUAGUCAUAAUGCAGAGGGACAAGAUUUAUGGCGUGCGAGAUCCCUACGGAAAUCGACCCCUUUGCCUGGGGAAGAUCGUGCCGAUUGGCAAUUUAGCGAGUAACGAGUCCGACGAAGAGGACGAUGAGGCGGAAGGCUGGGUAAUUUCGUCGGAAUCUUGCGGAUUCUUGAGUAUCGGCGCGAGAUACGUUCGCGAGGUAUUUCCCGGCGAAAUUGUGGAGCUGACCAGAGAGGGCGUUAAGACUAUCGAGAUAGUGGAAAGGCCGAACAAAAAACCGCAGGCGUUUUGCAUAUUCGAGUACGUCUACUUCGCCAGGAGCGACAGCAUUUUUGAGGGACAAAUGGUUUAUUCAGUGCGCAUGCAAUGCGGACGGGUGCUAGCGAUGGAAUCCCCGGUUGUAGCGGACAUAGUCAGUUCCGUGCCGGAAUCUGGCACCGCUGCGGCACACGGAUACGCCAGACAGUCUAAUAUACCUUUCGCUGAAGUGCUGUGCAAAAACAGAUACGUAGGUAGAACGUUCAUUCAGCCUAGCACGCGACUCAGGCAGCUCGGAGUGGCCAAGAAAUUCGGGGCUUUGUCGGAGAAUGUGAAGGGAAAGAAAAUAGUUCUCAUUGACGAUUCUAUCGUCCGGGGAAAUACGAUCGGUCCGAUUAUCAAAUUGUUACGUGACGCGGGCGCUAAAGAGGUUCAUGUCAGAAUAGCGUCGCCGCCGCUGAAGUAUCCGUGUUACAUGGGCAUCAAUAUACCAACCAGAGAGGAACUUAUCGCGAAUAAGCUUGACAAUAUAAAGCUGGCCAAACACGUGGGGGCGGACAGUUUAACGUACCUCUCGGUCGAGGGACUUGUCGAGGCGGUUAGGCACCGCAUGGACAAUCGGGAGAGCAAUUACAUCGGCCACUGCACCGCCUGCCUAACGGGAGAGUACCCAGACGAAUUGCCCGGUGAUCUCGACUGGUGAAGACGUUAUGUGCGCACACAACUUUUCAUCCUAAAAUCAAACAAAACUCAGGUCUCAAACAUUGUAGCAUUCUGCGAUAUACGACAAAGUGUUAUAUUAUUAUAGAAUAUAUAUAUAUAUAUUUGUGUAGAUAUUACUUUGUGCACACAUAAAAUGUUUCAAUUGAUAAACUUUGAUCGAAAAGAUCCUACUAAAUUCUCUUGAAUUUCGACGACAAAUUUAUACAUACGGAGUGUUAAAAUAAGUAUGAAUAAUAUAAUAUAAUGAAUAAUAUAUAAGAUUGUGUUUUCUACUUUAUAGAAUUUUCUAGAAUUUUUUAAAUAGAAAAUAUCUCUACUUUUGGGUUCAAUUCAAAUUCAGUAUUUUAUAACAUUAUUUCAUUUUGUAACAUUAUUAUGCGUAUGAUCAUGUAUGUACGAAAUAAAAAAAAUGACAAGUAACAAUAUAUGAUAAUACUUUUUUUUAUGUUUUCUAAAAUGAAAGUGUUACAUUCAAAAUGAAAGUGUUAUAGAAUAUUAUUCUUUAUACUUGUAAUAUUUGUAAUCAUAUAUACUAAUAUUGAGAGUGUAUUUAAAAUUAAAUGCGAAUAAGAUUAAGAAGCAUUCCAUUUUUACUACGAAUUAUAUUCUCAUGAGACAGAAUUAGUGUUACAAAAAAUUAACAUUCAAUUUACAUUAAAUUAUAUAAUUGCUUUUUUCAUAUGA